AUUUUAUGAGUUUAUUAAAUUAUUGAUGGACUUGAUGAUCAUUAUUUGAUGGUUGAAUAAUAAUUAAAAUUUGAUAAAUUAUUAAGUUGCAUUUUAAAAUUAAUUAUUAUUUAAUCCACGAGUAAAUUCCAAAGAACAUAUUCGUGGAAACAAUUUAGAAAUGACAUCGAAUGCAUUUUGAUUGAGGCAAUUAAAGCUCACUCAUGUAUUAUUGAUCUAAGGCGAUUAAACUACAAGCUUAUUCUAAUGCAGAAUUUUAAUCUUUGACAAAACACAGCUCUCACAUUCUCUCGAUACUGCAUUGAUUAACACUUAUGAACACGAAAAAAAAAAGAAAUCAUCUCAAUCACAGUUGCAGAAUAAAAUAAAAUAAAAAUCAAAAAUGGAACAUACAAUGGAACAGUUAAUUAAAAUGAAAAUAAUUUAUAAAAAAUUAAUUAUUAAAUUAUUUAUUGUAAAAUAAUUGCUGCAAUAAUGAUCAAUUGAUAGAAGGAAUUUAACAGAAAGAAAUAUGAUGUUGUUUAUAUUAAAAAUAAUUAAUAAUAAAUGUGAAAUAAAUAUAUGUUUGAAAUAAUCAAAAAAUGUUAACAACUGUAUCUGCUCCGGCUCUUGAACUUAAUGCAUCAUAUUACACAACUGCAUUUGAAAGCAGCAGUACAUUAGACGGGUUUUCAGUUUCAGUUAUUGAGUCAGGAAAUGCAACAUCAACUCCAUACAUGUUGCCAGAAUAUAUUCGUACGACUUCCAUGGCUGUUUGUAUUGUUGUUAUGGUACUUGGAAUCAUUGGAAAUCUUAUGGUACCAUUAGUGGUAUUACGUGGAAAAGAUAUGAGAAAUAGUACAAACAUAUUUCUGGUGAAUUUGAGUGCUGCUGAUUUAUGUGUCUUGUUGAUUUGUGCACCAACAGUACUAGUGGAAGUGAAUUCAGGACCUCAAGUGUGGCCGCUAGGAGAACACAUGUGCAAAGCUGUACCUUUUGUGGAGUUAACUGUAGCCCACGCUUCAGUUUUAACAAUAUUGGCGAUUAGUUUUGAACGAUACUACGCCAUCUGCGAGCCACUUCGUGCUGGAUACAUUUGCACUAAAGCAAGAGCCAUAUUUCUCUGUAUUCUCGCUUGGAUUGUUGCAGCUGUUUGUACGAGUCCCAUAAUAUCAAUGACAAAUUAUGGAAUGGAAAGAGAUAGCAACGGUAUGGAGCUUCCUGCUUGUCAAACACAAGCAAAGACUAUUUGGCCAACUGUCUUUUUUUUAAUAACAAUAGCAGUAUUUUUUAUAAUUCCAUGGCUUAUAUUGAUAAUAUUAUAUACUAUAAUAGCUAGAAAUUUAAUGGCUAAUCCAGCAAUUACACGAGGUCCUUCUAGUAAUCUGAUGAAAUAUCGUAAACAAGUGGUAUUAAUGCUUGGAACAGUAGUGACGAAUUUUUUUAUUUGUUUGUUACCAUUUCGUGCAUUUACUUUUUGGAUUAUUGUAGCACCAAUAACAGCUAUCUUGGACCUCGGUAUAGAAGCUUAUUUUUGUCUUUUAUACAUUUGUCGUAUUAUGUUUUAUCUUCAUUCUGCUAUUAAUCCAAUUUUGUAUAACUUGAUGUCCACUAAAUUUCGAGAAGGAUUUCUACGAUUAUGUGGGUUGUCACGUAAAGAAAGAACUAAUGUAACAACUUCUGGAAGAACUGGUACAACAACUAGCAGCAAUCAUUCGGACUUUUGGCGACGACAAAGCAACAAAAGCUGUACGGUUCAGGUUUCUAGUAUUAUUGCAGAAAAACCAGUUAAGAAAAAAGAAGAAAGCUUUGUUUAAUAUUGUUUAUCAUACUUCCAUUACGACUUUUUUUCUUAUUUAUUGUAGAGAGAAUAAGAAUAAUGCACUUUUAUGUUUAUUCUUCUGGUGAGAAUACAUUUUUAACUGUCCUUUAAUGAUAGU